AUGCGUCUUGAGAGUGAAUCAAAAGAAAAUAAACAAUAUGCACAAUGGCUUUUAGAUGUUGGAAAUGACGUUAAUGAAUCUAAAGUUGCCAUUCCAGAAAACAUGAGAGUUAGUCCUGAUUUAAAAUCUCUUAUCGACGCAGUUUAUUAUAACAUCAGCGUCAAAGGUAUAUGUACUAAUCAAUAUCUUAAGGACCGGAUAAUACUCUCCUUACACAAUGAUGAUGUUGAUGCUAUUAACUGUACCAUUCUUAACAUCUUUCCUGGAAAUAAAUGGACAUAUUUAAGUUCAGAUAAUGUUGUUAUAAAGAAAGGUGCUGAUAAUAUUGGAAAUAUUUAUCCCGUUGAAUACCUGAAUUCUUUUAAUCCUGCCAGUAUGCCACCGUCGAAACUUGAUCUCAAGAUUGGAUGUCCCAUCAUACUUCUUCACAACCUUUUACCUUAUCAGGGUCUCUGCAAUGACGCCGCCAGUUUUCCAUUCAUCUAG